AUGUUGAUGAAAAACAUGAUUAGACUGAUCUUACCAAUUUUUCAGUAUGAUGAGCAGCUAGAGAAUAGAUCUAUCGACUACCUAAACAACUCGGUAAUCACAUACAACAAGUCAAUGAUCUAUGACUUCCCGCUGGAUUACUUCUUCGAUGGGUUCUACUAUUACAUGACGGAUCUGCCACUUGCUGUUGAGAUGUGGGCUUCAGAUAACGAGUCUUCGAUGAUCAUGAACAAAUCGGAUAAAGUCGGUUGCGCUGUAAAGCAAUGGACGCAGAAAGUAAUCGUCAACAGCAAUCUUAGUGCAUCCGACUAUAUUUUGAAGAAAGAAGAAGCGCUCGCGAGUGAAAGAGAUAUGGGACUUCUGGCGUGUUAUUUCAAUUUUUAUCAAAACAAAUCUUUUUCUUUGUCUGGCCCAUACUGA